AUGACUUCAAGUACCUCUCUUAAGCCACCGCAGCUUGAACAUGGCAGUGGUAAUUUUCCUGGCAUGAAGAGUUAUCCAUUUGGCAAGAUUGAGCCAAACAGCACGAAAUAUUUUGCUUCUUGUAUGUUCGGAGGGAUAGUAGCAUGUGGACCGACGCACACCUUCGUUACCCCUCUUGACCUGGUGAAGACCAGAAGGCAGGUCAACUCGAGCCUGUAUACCUCGAACAUCCAGGGCUGGAAGACGAUAUACUCGAAAGAAGGCCUACGCGGUGUUUUUACUGGUUGGGCACCUACAUUUGUGGGCUAUAGCUUUCAGGGGCUGGGAAAAUACGGCUUUUACGAAGUCUUUAAGCAUGUCUACGGCGAUAACCUCUUCCCAAACACGAAUCGUACCGUUGUCUACCUUGGAGCCUCAGCCUCUGCAGAAUUCAUUGCAGAUAUCUUCCUCUGUCCAUUCGAAGCGCUCAAAGUACGAAUGCAGACUACAGUCCCACCAUACGCGAAGAACCUGAGAGAAGCGUGGGCAAAGACAACCGCAGAAGGUGGUGUUUCAAAGCUCUACGCCGGCAUCGUACCGCUGUGGGGUAGGCAGAUUCCAUACACGAUGUGCAAGUUCGCAACUUUUGAAGAGGUUGUCAACCUCAUCUAUAGCAAAGCUCUCGGAGGCAAGAAGGACGAAUAUGGAAAGCUGGCCCAAACUGGUGUCAGCUUUGCUGGUGGAUAUAUUGCUGGUAUUGCCUGUGCGGUUGUGAGUCAUCCUGCAGACGUGAUGGUCAGCAAACUCAACAGCGAUCGAAAAGCUGGUGAAUCAGCAGGCAAGGCAAUGAGCAGAAUAUAUGGUAACAUCGGGUUCAGUGGAUUGUGGAACGGAUUGCCCGUCAGAAUUGUCAUGAUCGGUACCUUGACUGCAUUCCAGUGGCUGAUCUACGAUUCGUUCAAGGUGUAUCUGGGACUGCCGACUACUGGUGGUCACUAA